GUAGUCUUGGACCUAGCCCAUUUCUGCCGACACAGGUUGUCCACGGCAUUUCAAGAGAACAGGACCGAUAUAAAAACCGCAUCGCACCCGCAUCCAUGUCUGCUCUUUAAUCGAUACCACAUAGUCCAAUAUCAUCAGCACACGACGCGACCCACCCGCUCUCCCAAAUGGACCACAAGUGCAAGCAACAGGAGAAAAUAAAGAUAGCCGCUUGUCCUCCGUCUGCAACCCCAUAUAGCCCACAAGGUCCUACACCGAUUUGCUCGACUCCUACCAGUAACGCUCCUCUGACGACUCCGACGUCCUUUUGCCCAUCCUUCAUGGACCCCGAUGCCCGCAUUCAUUCAUCCUAUUCCGCAUCGUUGGCUUCUCAUUGUUCUCGUGCGAAGUACAGGGCUGAGAAGCAAAGCCUCAAAGCGCAGGCCAAGAUCACCAAACGCGAAACCCAUGCGCUAGCCAAGGAGGCGAAGCAUCAAGCUAAGGAGUUCAAGCGUGAAGCAAAGCGUCAAGCCAAGGAACUCAAGCGUGAAGUGAGGCACCAGGCCAAGGAGUGCAAUCGUGAAAUCAAGCAUCAGGCCAGGGAGUUCAAGAAGGAGGUUCAUCAUUAACCCAAGAAAGCCAGGAAGAACGUCGAACGCAAUCUACAGGAAGAUUGCGGGACGUGCGAUAUCUGCGACGCCGCCAGAUAUGGCCCCAGCCCUUAUAUCACAGACUGCGGAGCCCCCUGCCAGAGACUUUUCGAGGCCCAUUAGAAUCAAAGAUUGGAGCGUAAAGCUCGUCGCGAUUGCCGCCGCCGUCACCAGCACCUGCCACUCCCAUUCCUCAUUCUCUCUAAGGUUAUUCAAAGAGGUCCUCUUCUUUGCGGCGCGCUAGUCUAUCGCCAGGGGUGUGUACCUGAGCAAGAGCACAUCAUCGUCCGUCCUGCGCUCGCUACGGAUGCAGUAUCUGAGGACAUCUGUCCAGAGACGUGUUUAGGUUACUGUCCUUUGCCCUAUGGUCCACACAUCAAUGUCAAAUUGCUAUUAAUU